AUGGUGCAAUUAGCAAACAUACAACAAAAUCAAGAGAUGGGGAAUCAAGAGAUUCGAACAGAUGAUUCCAAUAUAAUAUUUGAAAUUGUUGAACGAGACGCUGUUCCAUCAGAUUUUGAAGAUGUCAAUAUCAUUCCAGUGAAUAGCCAACAUAAUGACGACAUCGCUUCGACUGAAGUGAAUGACGAAAUUGGAAUACUUCAACCUACAGCUAACGAUAUUUUUUUCAAAGCGGAGAAAAAUGCACCAACUUUAAACGAAUUUGCCAGUCAAGGAAAAUGUACUUCUCCAACAUAA